AUGAGAGAGACCUUUGAGGCCCUCAGCUCCCUGGGGUUCUCUGUGGGACAGCCUGAGAUGGCCCCCCAAAGUGAGCCUGGGGAAGGGUCCCAUAAUACCCAGGAGCAGAUGUCCCCUCCCAGGGAAGACAGCGUGCUGGGCACAUGCUCAGGGCACGAGGCCCCCAGACCAGAGGAAGGUGCCCAAACUGAAGAAGCUGAAGCUCCCUGCAGAGGAGGCCAGGCAUGUGCACCACAGAAGGCUGAGCCCCCGAGCUCCUGCCCAGACGAAUUAGUUCCUGGCACCUUUCUGCUGCAGAGCCUCAGCCCCCAGAGAGAGGUCCACAUCACAGACAACAGGAAUCAGCGAGGCUGGUCACCCAGAGAAACUGACCUUCGCCUCAACAUCCUCCGGAAGUCUUAA